AUGCGGCUCACAGAUGGGAUCCCGAGGCUGUGUGGGCAGCAGAUGCAUGAAGACUGGGUCAUUGAAGAUAUAUAUAAAAAAGAGAUUGUCAAUUCAAGGUUCGCCAUCAGAAAGAUAAUGCUCUUGGAAUUUAGCCAGUACCCUGAACAUUACCUGUGGAUGAAUUAUUCUCCGGACGUGUCCAGCAAGGCCUAUUUAAUGUCCAUCUGUUGUAUGGUGAAUGAGAAGUUCAGAGAAAAUGUCCCUGCAUGGGAGACUUUCAAGGAGAAGCCAGACCACUUCCCAUUCUUUUUUAAGUGCAUCUUGAAAGCAGCAUUGGCUGAAACUGAUGGUGAAUUUUCACUCCAUGAACAGACAGUCUUAUUGCUUUUUCUUGAUCACUGCUUCAAUAGUUUGGAAGUAGACUUGAAACGAACUCAAGUACAGCAGCUUAUCUCCCUCCCAAUGUGGAUGGGCUUACAGCCUGCACGCUUGGAAUUAGAAUUAAAAAAGACACCUAAGCUAAGAAAAUUCUGGAGCUUGAUUAAAAAGAACGAUGAAAAGAUGGAUCCAGAAGCAAGAGAACAAGCCUAUCAAGAAAGAAGAUUUCUCUCACAGCUCACCCGGAAGUUUAUCUCCGUGCUGAAGUCAGUCCCACUUUCCGAACCUGUCACUAUGGACAAAGUUCAUUACUGUGAAAGAUUCAUUGAACUUAUGAUUGAUCUAGAGGCCCUACUCCCCACAAGGCGCUGGUUUAAUACCAUCCUGGACGACUCCCACCUUCUGGUUCACUGCUACCUUUCCAACCUUGUUCAUAGGGAAGAGGAUGGCCAUCUUUUUUCCCAGCUUUUGGACAUGCUUAAGUUCUAUACUGGUUUCGAGAUUAAUGACCAGACUGGAAACGCUCUGACAGAGAACGAGAUGACUGCCAUUCACUAUGAUAGAGUCACUUCUCUACAGAGAGCUGCUUUUGCACAUUUCCCUGAACUCCAUGGUUUUGCCCUCUCAAAUGUGGCAGAAGUAGGUACUCGGGGAUCCUUGGUCAAGUUCUUUGGACCUCUUAGUUCAAAUACACUCCACCUCUGCUUGUUACCAGCUCUUCCUAAAACCGAAGACACAACUUUCGAUAAAGAAUUUCUUCUAGAAUUGCUGGUAUCUCGUCAUGAACGUCGAAUUUCUCAGAUUCAGCAGUUGAACCAGAUGCCUUUGUAUCCAACUGAGAAGAUCAUAUGGGAUGAAAAUAUUGUCCCAACCGAGUGCUAUUCAGGGGAAGGUUGUCUUGCUCUUGCCAAGCUAAAUCUGCAGGUUUUGACUCUUCAUGAUUACCUCCUAAGGAACUUUACUCUCUUCUGCUUCGAAUCAACUUAUGAAGUUAGGCAGGACAUCGAAGACUGUGCCAGCAGAAUGGAGCCUGGGCGGUCUGAAUAUGGCGGUGUGGUAUUUGGUGGCUGGGGGCGAAUGGCUCAGCCCAUGGUGGCUUUCACUGUGGUUGAGGUUGCCAAACCCAACAUAGGCGAAAACUGGCCAACCUGAGUUCGUGCAGAUGUCACCGUCAAUCUCAAUGUCAGAGAUCACAUCCAAGAUGGGUGGGAAGGCCUUCGCAAGCAUGAUGUGUGCCUUCUAAUUACUGUGCGUCCCACAAAACCGUAUGGUACCAAGUUUGACCGGAGGAGACCUUUUAUUGAGCAGGUUGGCCUGGUUUAUGUCCGAGGCUGUGAAAUCCAGGGCAUGCUGGAUGAUAAAGGACGUGUCAUCGAAGACGGACCUGAACCCAGACCCAAUCUUAGAGGAGAGUCAAGGACAUUUAGAGUGUUUUUGGAUCCAAACCAGUAUCAACAAGAUAUGACCAAUACUAUACAAAAUGGAGCAGAAGACGUGUACGGAACUUUCAAUAUAAUAACGAGGAGAAAACCAAAAGAAAAUCACUGUAAGGCCGUGCUGGAGACGAUUCGGAACCUGAUGAACACGGACUGUGUGGCACCUGCCUGGCUGCGUGACAUCAUUUUAGGUUACGGGGAUCCAAGCAGUGCACAUUAUUCCAAAAUGCCCAAUCAGAUCGCCACCCUCGAUUUAAACGACACAUUUCUCUCCGUUGAGCAUUUGAAAAACAGCUUCCCUGGUCAUCAUGUGAAAGUCACCGUGGGUGACCCAGCUCUGCAGAUGCCCCCUUUCAGGAUAACUUUUCCAGUGAGAAGUGGGAAAGGGAGGAAAAGGAAAGCCAUGGAUGGGGAAGAUGAAGACACUGAAGAGGCCAAGACCUUAACUGUUGAACCUCAUGUUAUUCCUAAUUGGGGUCCUUACCCUUACAACCAGCCCAAGCGUAAUACAACUCAGUUCACACAUACACAGAUAGAGGCCAUCCGUGCUGGAAUGCAGCCUGGGCUAGCUGUGGUUGUGGGCCCACCAGGCUCAGGAAAAACAGAUGUGGCGGUUCAGAUCAUAUCCAAUAUAUACCACAAUUUCCCAGAGCAGAGAACCCUGAUUGUUACUCAUUCCAAUCAGGCCCUGAACCAGUUGUUUGAGAAAAUCAUGGCUUUAGACAUUGACGAGAGCCACCUCCUGCGUCUUGGUCACGGAGAAGAAGAGCUGGAGAUAGAGAAAGAUUUCAGCAGGUAUGGAAGAGUUAACUAUGUCCUGGCUCAGAGAAUAGAACUUUUAGAAGAAGUCAAACGAUUGCAAAAAAGCCUAGGGGUGCCAGGGGAUGCUUCAUAUACCUGUGAACCAGCAGGCUACUUCUUCUUAUAUCAGGUAAUGUCUCGCUGGGAAGAAUAUAUCAGCAAAGUGAAAAAUAAAGGUAACCCAUCGCCAGAUGUCACGGAAGUCUCCACGUUCUUCCCUUUUCAUGAAUACUUUGCAAAUGCUCCUCAACCCAUUUUUAAAGGUCGGUCUUAUGAAGAAGACAUGGAAAUUGCUGAAGGAUGUUUCAGGCAUAUUAAGAAAAUCUUUACUCAGCUUGAGGAAUUCAGGGCCUCUGAACUGCUUCGAAGUGGACUGGACAGAUCUAAAUACCUUUUGAUGAAAGAAGCCAAAAUCAUCGCCAUGACCUGUACUCAUGCGGCCUUAAAACGACAUGAUUUAUUCAAGUUAGGUUUCAAGUAUGACAACAUUUUAAUGGAGGAGGCUGCUCAGAUCCUGGAGAUAGAAACGUUUAUACCGCUUCUUCUACAGAAUCCUCAGGAUGGUGUUAGCCGACUGAAACGAUGGGUUAUGAUUGGUGAUCGUCACCAGUUACCUCCGGUCAUUAAGAACACGGCCUUUCGGAAGUAUGCCAACAUGAAGCAGUCUCUCUUCACUCGCUUCGUCCGGAUUGGAGUUCCUACUGUGGACCUCGAUGCCCAAGGGAGAGCCAGGGCAAGCUUGUGCACCCUGUACAACUGGCGAUACAAGAAACUAGGCAACUUGUCCCAUGUGCAGCUCUUGCCGGAGUUUAGCACAGCAAAUGCUGGCUUGCUGUAUGACUUCCAGCUCAUCAAUAUUGAAGAUUUUCAGGGAGUGGGAGAGUCUGAGCCUCAUCCUUACUUUUACCAGAAUCUUGGGGAGGCAGAAUAUGCAGUGGCACUCUUUAUGUACAUGUGUUUACUUGGCUACCCUGCUGACAAGAUCAGUAUUCUAACAACUUAUAAUGGGCAAAAGCAUCUUAUUCGUGACAUUAUCAAUAGACGAUGUGGGAGCAAUCCAUUGAUUGGAAGACCAAAUAAGGUGACAACUGUUGACAGAUUUCAAGGUCAAAAGAAUGAUUAUAUUCUUCUUUCUCUAGUACAAACCAGGGCAGUGGGCCAUCUGAGGGAUGUUCGUCGCUUAGUGGUGGCCAUGUCUCGAGCCAUACUUGGACUUUAUAUCUUCGCCAGAACAUCCCUCUUCCAAAACUGUUUUGAACUCACUCCAGCUUUCAGCCAGCUCACAGCCCGCCCACUUCAUUUGCAUAUAAUUCCAACGGAACCUUUCCCAACCUGUAGGAAGAAUGGAGAGGGGCCAUGUCAUGAAGUACAGGUAAUAAAGAAUAUGCCCCAAGUGGCAAACUUUGUGUACAACAUGUACAUGCACCUGAUACAGACCACCCAUCACUAUCAUCAGACUUUAUUGCAGUUACCACCUGCUGUGGUAGAAGAAAGUGAGGAAGUUCAAAGCCAGGAAACAGAAAUGGAAACAGAAGAAGAGGGCAUGCUCACUCAGGCUGACAUCCCCUGUCUAACAGAUGCCAGCGUCAGUCACGAACUGUUGGCCUCUCAGGCUGAGGCCACCCCCGGUGAGAUGGAGGCCACCCCUGGUCGGGCAGGGACUGGUUCCAGUCCAGAAGCCACCUCCGCUGUCUCCGAAGUCACUGCUGCUGCGGCUGGCCCCGAGGCUGUGCCCACAGAGGCUGGCACCCAGCAAGAUGCCACAUCUGCCCCAGAGACUAAAUAG